AUGAGAGAGCUGAUUGUUGCUCAACAGCUUAUAGAUCUAACGAAUAGUAAUGCGGAUCUUGCGUGCAUCUUACUCUCUAAUAUGGCAAAAAGUGAUUCGAUUUUGAAAGUAUUUGACGUUCAAGUAUCCUUGAAGACCGAUAAACAAAAAGAGGUGUUCAAGAGUAGUAAAGCAAUUAAUUGUCUCAUGGAUUUGUUUGUCAAAGGAGGAGACCGGAAGUUAAACAGCUAUGCCAACUACGACUAUUUGGCAUACUUCUUUGCAGAUAUAUCUAGGUUUAAAAAGGGACGACAAUAUUUCAUUACGGAACAGAAAUACGAUGGAGUUGUGCCGUUGAUGAAGUUAUUGGUGUUCACAGAGAAGUACGACUGCAAGGCGAGACGACAGGGUGUGUCCUCCAUCAUCAAGAACUCGUUGUUUGAUACAGACCAGCAAAUGAGGCUUCUGGAGAAUCGCGAUAUCAACUUGUUGCCCUACUUAUUGUCGCCUAUUGCAUUGGCAGACAAUAAAGGACUUAGCGAAGAAGAAGUGAUGGAACUUCCAGAAGAAUUACAAUUAUUGGGCUCUGACAAGAAGACAGAGCCUCUAAAAGAGAUUAGUACCGUUUAUCUCGAGGCUAUUUUACUUCUAUGCGUCACCAGAAAAGGUAGAGAAUACUUGAGAGAGAACGGAGUUUAUCCAAUAGUUAGAGAGUUUGAUAGGGCUACAAAGGACGAUCAGAUCACUGAUCUUUGCUAUAGAAUUGUCGAUAUGUUGAUGAGAGAUGAAAAAUCCCAGGAUUUGUAUGAUCCUGAGCAGGAGAUUGCCGAAAUUAGGCAGUAUUUGAGUAGCCAGGAGGCUACCAACGGCAUAGAUGACGAUGCUAACGACACCGAUGACACUGACGACACUGACGAUGUUGACGGCAUGAUCGUGGAAGUAGCAUAA